GCGACGCGGCGGCCGCGCCGGCGCGUUGAGGGGCGGGGUGAAAGGUCACAGCGCGGCGGCGGGUCUGGCUGGCGGCAGCUGCGGGCGGGAGCCGAGUGUCCCGAGUGCACGUGUGGAGGAGCGGCGGCGGCGGCAGCGCGGCGGCAGAUUUCCCCGCGUCUCCCGGAGCCUCAGGGCCUGGCUUGGCUUCUCAGCCAAAAGACCGGCGUGUGGGGUUGAGUGGUCUGAGCUCAGGGCGCGGGCGGAGAGCUCCGGGCGACGAGGACGACGGCGUUGGCGGCGGCUGUAACGACGGCCUCAGCAGACGGGGAAGAUGAAAGGUAGCCGGAUCGAGCUGGGAGAUGUGACGCCACACAAUAUUAAACAGUUGAAGAGACUGAACCAGGUCAUCUUUCCAGUCAGCUAUAAUGAUAAAUUCUACAAGGAUGUGCUAGAGGUUGGCGAGCUAGCAAAACUUGCAUAUUUCAAUGAUAUAGCUGUAGGUGCAGUGUGCUGCAGGGUGGAUCAUUCACAGAAUCAAAAGAGACUUUACAUCAUGACACUAGGAUGCCUUGCACCUUACCGAAGACUAGGAAUAGGAACUAAAAUGUUAAAUCAUGUCCUAAACAUCUGUGAGAAGGAUGGCACUUUUGACAAUAUCUAUCUGCAUGUCCAGAUCAGCAAUGAGUCAGCGAUUGACUUUUACCGGAAGUUUGGCUUUGAGAUUAUCGAGACAAAGAAGAACUACUAUAAGAGGAUAGAGCCUGCAGACGCGCAUGUGCUUCAGAAAAACCUCAAAGUCCCAUCUGGUCAGAAUGCAGAGACACAGAAGACAGACAACUGAACAAAUCACAAAUGAACUUUCUUGCACUUGCUUGUCGCCAAAUAAAAGAAAGACCCAUUGGUUCCCUUCCCCCCUUUCUUCCACUUUCCUCCUUUGUUAUUCCUUUUUUUUUUUCUUUCCUCUUAAAGUUUUUAAUACUUUCAUGGACUCUUAAAAAUGAUCAUGUGUUGGAUUGUUUUAGUUCUCUUACUUUUGUGAGGUGGUUGGAUUGAAGGAGGAGAAGAUAGAUCUGUAUAGUUUCACAGUUAAGAUGUCCCGAAAAUUGGGUGGCAGAUGAUUUCAAAUUUUUAGCUGAAUUUUUUUAAAAAAUAAAAACAAACCAACAUCCUGCUUUCACAUUGAAGGGCAGAGCCUACUAUAUUGUUUAUUUCAAAAGACAAAAAGCAGCAGCAAUACCUUGCUCUCUAAUUCAUAGACAAGCUUAGUGUAUCUGUGGUACUUUGAGUUAUACAGACUGUCUGUGGGGUGCUAAUCCCCAGCAUUGCCUUCACUCUACCCUUAGUCCUUUGAGCACUCUCAGGAGUUGGACCAUUGUUAUCCUUGUGAGAAAAUACCAAGCUUAUUUAGGUUUUUAAAGCAAUUUUUUUCUAUUUGCUGAUUGGCGGGGCAGUUUGUGUAGGUAGUAAGUAUUAAACUUUGGUCAAAGUAUUUCAGUUAAACUGCUUUUUUUGCUGAGGAAUGGACUUCUUGUUAGCAGGUUUUUUUUGUUUUUUCCUUCUUUCCUGCUGUUAAUCUUGUUACUAGAGGCAUUAACUGGUAGAGUGUGGGCUGGUGAAAUUAACUGUUUUAAUAUCCCAGCUAGAGAUAUGGCCUUUAACUGACCUAAAGAAGAUUGUUAUAAUUGAUUUUUUUUCCUCUUGUUUUUCAGUAAGCCCAAUAAUAGUGUAACCUUAUAAAUGGAGUUAUGCCCUUAUAAGUCAAUAUCCCUAAAUAAACCUGAAGCAAGUGUUUUCUCUUGGACGAACAGAAUUGCAUUACGUAAAAGGCUUAGAUGGACUUGUAACACAUUAAGUGUAUUUAAUGUCAACUAAUACAGAUUGUUAAAAGUGUGGUCAUUGAGUGUUUAAUAAUAUAUGAAAGAAUUUCUAGACAGUAUUUUUGAAAAGAACAUUGUUAUGCUAUUGCUUAUCUGUUGGAGAACAUCCCAGGUUAGCUUCCACUCUGUGCCUACAAUGUUGAGUUUAAAGAUUUGGAAUAAGAGGAAUCAGUAGAAAAAUUCCUUCUAUUCUUGGAACAAUAGACGUAUAAAGUAUUAAUACAAAUAUCACUGUGACCUUCAGCUGACAGGUUUGGUUAAGACCAGACCAUCUUCAGGCACACUGGGAGUGGCUCUGAUGGAUUGAGAACUGUAAUGUGGAGACAUGUGAGAUACGUUUUGCUCACAUUGUCCUGUCUCAAAUAUAUGGAAUUUCUUAGAUUGUUAGUAGUCAUCAGUGGCUCAAGAAAUGUUCUUGUUAGACUUUAAAACAGUACAGAUUGUGUGUUUUCUUUCAUUUGACUUUAAAAGGAAGUUUAAUACAUCAUAUUAGUAAAAUUGUGGUAUGAAAGUAUCAUUUCCAAAUAGGUUGAAUGAUAAAAUUAUCUCACAAGAUGAUAAAACACCUUAUAACUCUUACGUUUUUAUUUGAGAAUGUGAAAGUAUGUAAAAUGGACUUGAGUAGUCUUGAGUGCCAAGAAUAUAGAUAAGGGGUGGGAUGGAUGGAUGGAUGGAUGGAUGGAUGGAUGGAUGGAUGGAUGGGCGGGCUAGUGAAAUUGUAGAAAUACCAUGCUUGUUUCUUGGGUAUCAGUUUCCUAAACAGUCCAAAUCUAAGCUCAGAAGUUUAGUGUUAAGCACCUUUACUUUAAUGGAUAAGCUUCAGCGUGCUCUUGCCAAGAGAAGAGGGCAUAAAUAAUAGUAAAAUUAGUUUGAAAAACGUCAGCAAUUUUGUAAACUUCCUGAUAGCAAAAUAGAUUUUGAUAUAUAAAAGAGUUUUCUGAGAUGACACUGCCUCUAUUUCUAUAACCAUUUCACUUGGACUAAGUAGUCCUAUGAAUGUAUCCCUAAAUGUGGUUUUUGAAAACCGAAUAGCUGCCUCACAACAAUUAAGUACAUGUUAUUUAAAGAGGAAGAACAAAUAAUAAAGAUUGAUUUGAAUGUGUAGGCUCCCUAUUAUAGCUUCUUUUUCCACACUAGUCAGUGAUUUAACCUAAAAUUUAAAUGUAUGGGUCAAUUGUCCUGUAUCAAAGUUACAGUAAAUAAUUCCAUCCACUUACAUAAGGAGAAGAUGUGGAAAAUGUAGAAACUGGGACUAGUCCAUGUACCUGUGAGUCAAGAAAUACUAAAGUAAUGCCCCAGUUGAGUUUGUGGGUUUGGGUUUUGAUUUGUUUGGGCUUUCUCUUUGUUUUUAACAUUAUAAAAAUAAUCUUUGAGGUAAAACUAAUUCUAUUAACUGGAAGAUACCCAGCUAUCUUCAUCAUUUUUUCAGGAAAGAUCAUUUUUAUUGUGGGGUAAAUAGGUUAAAAUUAUUCUGUAUGCUAUUUGAAUUUAGGUUCUAAAGUAAAGAAUCCGUAGAGGAAUCUAUGCAAUAUGUAAUUUGUCAAGAUUAAUUUUCAUCUGGGGAAAGAAGUUGCUAAGUGUCUCCAAAGCAGGUCACUCAAUAACUGAAAGUCCUCCAAAAAGAGAACUAGUGGGAAGCAUGGUGUGUGGUGGUGGAAAAGAAAAACUCCCUCAGUUUUUGGAGGGAAUAACUUUAAAGAUACUUAAGUGGCUACGUUUACUUGGUGCAGUUAAGAAUUAAACUUGUCAAUUUUAAUGUUGCUGUUACAUCUAAAAUAAACUUAUGUGAUGUUCUGGUAGUGAUCUGUCUGUAACUGUCAUGAAAUCAUUAUUGUGCUGAAUUUUACAGUCUGCAACUAUGUCAUUGUUGUGUACUGUGAUCCAUACAUCCAUAUUUCACUAGGGCCUAAUUUAAAACUCAUGAAUAAUCAAAGUAUGCUAAUUCAGACCUCUUGGAAUUGGGAAAAGACACCAGGCAAUAUAUCUGAAUUUAAUCUAGGUGAAAAAAAGAUCCCCAGGAAUGCCUUAUUGCCAUAUUUUAAAUAUAGUUACUAUAAAUAGAACUUUAGGCUUUAUUCUAGUGAGUAUGAACUGUAAAUGUGCAUAUUCUGAUCUAUUACUUUUUGUAGUGAAGAUUUUAGUUGAGUGAGUGGAUUUUAUGUUAAGUACUUCGAAAUUUUUGACAGUGUUUAAUAUAUCUAGUCACAAUGGUCUGAAUUAGUAUUUUGCUUAUUACCCAAGAAACAAAGGAUGGCCUUUGUCUUAUUUACCAUAUCACUACAAAAUUUAGCAGUUUAAAAUAACAGAUUUGUUGUAUCCUAUAGUUUCCCAAUCAAGCAGUGUGUGACAUAACCAGUUAGGUCUGACAAAGGAUCUUAUAUCAGGUAUCAGCCAAGGCUGCAAAUUGAUGAAGGCUUGACCGCAGCUACUUCAUUUCACUCACAUGGCUGUUCUGGAAACCAUUUGGGACAGAACACUAACAUAAGACUUGCUUAACAAAGCCUAGUAUUAGUCUUAAAAAGUUAUGGUCUUUUUGUUAUAUUGUAAUGAAAGCUUAAAUCUAACAAUUGGAAAGUGGUAUUGUUGGAUAGGAUAUUUUGUAAAUUUACGAACAUUCAGUGAACUCAUUUACUGUCCUCAACAAUUCAAGACAUAUGAGUUAAGUAUGGAUUAAAACAUGUUGAUACUGAUUCAAAGUAUUUGUUUUUGUCAACCAAACCUCUGGAGCCGGUUUAGCCCUUGGAGAAACAAUAUUGGCAAUAUCAGAAAUCAUUUUAAAGAUGUGA